AUGGAAAGCAAUACGUAAUCAUAAACAAUAGCUACCAAAGAUUUCAUUGAGCAAUUAAAAGACUUUUUGAAUGAUACCUUGCUUGAAUCAUAAUCGUAGGGGUUAAUUCCUCCAAUUCUAAAUGCAAGCAAAGCUGGAACACCAAGAACUUCCAGAAAGAAAUAAACUAACACUGGCUAGGUGAUUGAAGCUAAUUGGGAAUUUGAUGCAAAAGAUCAUAAUUGUGAGAAAUAUGGAAAUUUCAGUACUUCAACAAUAAUAAAAUUGGUAUCAAAAUACAAUAAGUCAACAAUUUCAAGUAAUAAUCCAGGUAAUGCUGAGAAGAUUGCUGAAACUCUUGCAGUUGAGUUAAAUAAAAGAUUAGAGGAUGAGAGCGAAAUAUAGACAGUUUUACAUUAAGAGAUUUCUAAGUUUUCUUCAAGCUCUGGGUUCCUUAAUGUGUUCUUGGUAAAUCAAUAGUUUAUGGACAGAGUUCAUAUUAUGAGUAAAAAAAAGAAUGUUACGUAUAAGGAAGGUAUAUUUAGUCCUUAAAACAUGAAUGAAUAACCAUUGGAAUCAGCAUUUGUUAUAAGACCAAUCGGCUAUCUUGAAUCUUGCUUCAGAGAAAAAUUUGGUACUCCUAGGCAAAGUGGAUUUGUUAAGAAUGCUAGAGCUAGAUUGACUUUAGUGAAUGAGAUAAACUCAAGCUGUCUAGAGGGCCUAAAUGAAUAUGGUUAUAUAUGGGUAAUCUUUAUUUUCCACGUUGGACUACAUGAUUACAAUAACAAGAAAACUAAAAUAGUCCCACCCAAGUUGGAGGGAACUAAAAAGGGUGUAUUCGCAACCAGAUCCCCACAUAGAUAUAACCCCAUCGGGUUAUCCAAAGCUAAACUUGAUAGGAUUGAGGAUCGAACUAUCUAUCUCUCAGGUAUAGAUCUAAUUCAUGGAACUCCAGUGCUCGAUAUCAAGCCAUAUCAUUACCUAGAUAGUCUAGAUUAAAGCGAGCUUUAAUUCCCUGAGUGGCUUGUUGAGAGCAAGGAAAGAGGUAGACUCCAAGUAGAAUUUUCACCUGAAAGUGCAGAAGAACUAAGAGUGCUGGUGAGUUCUAAAAAAUUAGAUUUCUAUGAUGAUUAUGAAUAAGUUUAAGAACUUAUCUCACAAGUGUUUGAACUAAAUCCACAUUCGUUGCAUACUCUCAACAAACAUAAAGAGGGAAUUUAUGCAGUUGCUCUUGAUAAUAUGAACAUUAUAUACAAAAUGAAUGAGGAGAAGACACAGAUAACGAUCAUCAAAGUUAUUUGGACUGAUAAUACCUAACCUAAGGAAAAACUAAGAACGAAGGAAUGGCUUCUUAAGAUAAGUGAAAUCAUUGAUUUUGAUUAGUAAUAGAAAAAUUUGAAUUCCUCAGCAACCCAUUAAAAAUAAGUGGAGGAAGAAAAAAAUUAGCAAAAUUGA